CUGGAUGAGAGGAGCAUGCUGGGGGAUAUGAUGCCAUCUUGGCUAACGGCUAACUUGGAUAUAGCAGCCACGUACCUCACUCACCAGAGUGAGGACUGUCUCUACUUAAAUAUCUACGUGCCCACUGAGGAAGACAUCCACGAAGAGGGGGGUCAGCGGCCAGUGAUGGUCUACGUCCACGGCGGCUCCUACACGGAAGGCACCGGAAACAUGAUGGACGGCAGCGUGUUGGCAAGCUACGGCAACGUUAUCGUUAUAACCCUCAACUAUCGCCUCGGCGUACUAGGGUUCCUGAGUACUGGGGACCAGGCAGCUAAGGGUAACUAUGGGCUGCUGGACCAGAUACAGGCUCUGCGCUGGGUGAAGGAGAACAUCGCAGCCUUUGGGGGAGACCCAGACCGCGUCACGGUGUUCGGCUCCGGGGCCGGAGCCUCCUGUGUCAGCCUGCUCACCCUGUCUCACUACUCUGAAGACCUGUUCCACAGGGCCAUCAUCCAGAGCGGCAGCGCUUUAGCCAGCUGGGCUGUGAACUACCAGCCCAGCAAGUAUGCCCGGCAGCUGGGGGAGAGAGUAGGUUGCGGCAUCGAUGACAGCACCCAGUUGGUUGCCUGCCUCCAAGGCCGAAGCUACCGUGAGCUCGUGGAGCAGAACGUGACGCCAGCCAAGUACCAUACAGCCUUUGCCCCUGUGAUUGACGGGGAUGUUAUACCAGAUGACCCUCAGAUACUGAUGGAGCAAGGGGAGUUUUUGAACUACGAUGUGAUGCUGGGGGUUAACCAAGGAGAGGGUGUAAAGUUCGUCGAAGGCAUCGUAGAUUCGGAGGAUGGGGUCACUGCUGAGGAUUUUGACUUCGCUGUGUCAGACUUUGUGGAUAGUUUGUACGGAUAUCCGGAGGGCCGAGACACACUGAGAGAGAGUAUAAGGUUCAUGUACACAGACUGGGCUGACCGGGACAAUGCAGAGACCCGGCGCAAGACCCUGGUUGCGCUGUUCACAGAUCACCAAUGGGUAGCGCCGGCAGUUGCCACAGCUGACCUCCAUGCCCAAUAUGGAUCACCUACCUACUUCUACUCGUUCUACCACCACUGCCAAAGUGAUGCCACACCCCCUUGGGCUGACUCCGCCCAUGGUGAUGAGGUUCCCUAUGUAUUUGGUGUACCCAUGGUGGGACCCACUGACCUGUUCAACUGUAACUUCUCUAAGAACGAUGUGAUGCUGAGCGCAGUAGUCAUGACCUACUGGACCAACUUUGCAAAGACUGGCGACCCUAACCAGCCAGUGCCUCAAGACACCAAGUUCAUCCACACAAAGCCCAACCGCUUCGAGGAGGUAGCCUGGUCCAAGUACACCCCUAAAGAACAGCUCUACCUUCACAUCGGCCUCAAACCCCGCGUCAGGGACCACUACCGGGCCACCAAGAUCUCCUUCUGGCUGCAGCUGGUCCCCCACUUGCAUCACGUCAAUGAACUCCUCCAGUCGGUGUCCUCCUUCACGCACAGUCCCUCCCCGCAAGACGACACCCCUUUCUCUUACACCAAGCGCUUAUCCAAAGGCUGGCCCCCGAGUAGUACGCGUCACCCGGGGUCGCAGGCGGGCACCCCGCAGCCCCCCGAGCCUGCCUUGGGACAAGGUGGGGAGGAAAACGGAGUUCGAGUUCCCAACGAGGACUACUCGACCGAGCUGUCUGUGACGAUCGCCGUGGGAGCGUCGCUGCUGUUCCUCAACAUCUUGGCGUUUGCCGCUCUGCUGUACAAGAAAGAUAAGAGGCGUCUGGAGCACCGCAGACCCCGUCCGCUGCCUCCCCCAAGACGGGACAUCACCCCCGCAGACGUCGCCGCCCACCUGCAGGGAGAGGGACUGAUGUCGCUACAGGUGAAGCAGCUGGAGUGUGACGCGGCAUCAGCGGACGAGAGGAACAACGCCCACCACCACACCCUGGACACGCUGGAUGCCCUGGACGGCUUGGACACCCAGGACAUCUACAGCACGCUGGACACCGUUCGCCUAACCUGCCCGCCGGACUACACCCUCACGCUGCGUCGCUCCCCCGAUGACGUCCCCAUCAUGACCUCCCUGACCCCGGGGUCGCUACCGGUGACACCCGGGUCGCACCCGGUCACCCCGGCAACGCCUAUGACCCCCAUGACCCCUGGAUCUUUGGUGGGGAUGCGGCUAGGGCACCCUCACCCUACAUACACGCACCACAGUCCGUAUAGCAACACACACCUGCCACACACACACAUCGCCGCGCACACACACUCCACCACGCGCGUAUAA